GUUCGACCGGAUAGUCUUGUCUGAGUGGAGCCCGUCGUGUCCGAGGGAGGGCAGCAUUCAGCUCUCAGCUCCCAACAGCUCCCUGAAGACAACACGCAGAGGAUGCAGAAGGAAGAGGAGGACGCUUGGACACCUUUGACGCAACGAUAUGCUUUAUUAGAGCCCUGACAUUCGUUAACUAACAGCUUACGGUGGAGCAUCAGCAUCCCUGGCACGGACGUAAACGCAGACACGUGUCGACACCAUGUUGGGCAGGACGGUCCUGAGCAGAGGCAUCACUGCCCACCGCCUCGGUAAGAACGUCACUUUCUACAUGAAUGAAGUCGCACCUCCUCCAGUCUCAGGAUGUCAGAGCAAAGCCUCGGAGGACGACAAACCCCUGAUGCUCAUGCUGCCCUGGAUGGGUUCACGUCCCCAAGCUGUGGCUAAAUACUGUGACAUCUAUUUCCGCACCGGCUUUGACGUGCUUGUAGUAGAGAGUGAGGUGCAAGAGUUCCUGUGGCCUCGCUGGGGUCUGGAUCAUGGAAAGAGGUUGCUGGAGUUGCUCCAGAGUGAGCGCUUUGUGUCCCGCCCCCUGCUUGUCCAUGCCUUCUCUAUCGGUGGCUACACAUUUGCUCAGGUGCUGAUUCAUGUGUCCCAGGACACACAGAAAUAUCAGGCACUUACACAGAGGAUCAAAGGCCAAGUCUAUGAUAGCCUUGUGGUGGGCUCGGUGGAGACAAUGGCCAUUGGUCUAGCUAAGACUGUAUUUCCAAGAUGGGAGACACUUGUCAAAAAAGUAAGCCUGUUAUACUUUGACAUAUUCAGACGCCAGACGGUGGACUACUUUAACACAAGCAUUGAUACUUUUUGGAACACUCCCGUCACUGCUCCUGCACUGUUCUUCUUUUGCGAGAACGAUCCAAUGAGUGACCCGCGAGCCAUGGAGGAGGUUAUUGAUCACUGGCGGAAGUGUGGGAUAGACAUCACAGCAAAGAAGUGGGAGGACUCAACACAUGCAGGUCACCUGAAGAGGCACAAACAAGAGUAUCUGACCACCCUAGAAAGUUUCCUCCACUCACUGCACUUCGCCCCACUGAAGGCCAAGAUGUAAAAUGAUUUCAUUACAACAAAAUGCCAUAUUAACUUGACUUUGCUUUACUUCUUUGUUUAAUUUAUAAUAUGUAGUAGCAUACGAGAUGUUGCCAUUAUCAGAAUGGUUGCCGAUUCUAUUUAUGUGGCAGAUUUCCUUACAGGUAAACUCAUUCUAAUUUAUUAAACAACUAAGCUGAACACACAUCAGUUUGAAAAUAUUUUGUUGAGUGAAAAAAAAGUUGUAUGACUCCAUGUAUGAAAUGAAACAAGGACACCAUGCUGUUUGUGACAUGGAUGUUAAGACAUGUUUGCCUUAACCUUUACUGAUGUUUGAUUGUGCUCUACGCUCACUGAGUAAUUGUACUAAAUUGCUGCUUUGAGGAAGUUGCACUUUAAAGGUGUGCAGUUUUGCACUGUGACAGUGAACACAGAGAAAUGGAAGUUGCAUGUUACUUGUUAAACUAGCCAGUGGAGGCAACAUAGUGAAGGAAACAAAGCUAGGUCAAACAGAUUUAAGUUACUUGAAUUAAAAUAGAAACGGAGCAAGCCAGGUGUUGUGGAGAGACUGAGAGAGAGAUUAAAGGAGGUGGAGGAGAAAGGGCUUUUUGAGGAAUUGGGUGAUCAGGAGCUUCCUGAAGCAAAUAAUGAAAGCCUGGUACACUGAAACCUACAUAGGUUUUAACACUAGUAAGUAAAGGGUUUUCUCGUCAUUACUCUUAAUAUAUGCAAAGCGAAAACCAAGUUGUUCCAAGAAGCCAUCGUUCAUGCACUUUGUUCUACUUUCUCUAAGCCAAAACACAAUUUUGUCAUUGCACAACCUUUCAUGUUUACACUAAUGACUCUGGGGACUUGAUUCUAGUAUUGGUCUACUAUUGCUUAGAAGAAUGUUUUUUUUCCACAACAAAUGCUCAGUGCUGAGAAAAACACCAGCACAUUGCCUCUUGAGGCAGAGUCAGCGUAAUGAGCCUCAGUGGUAAACCUGUAUAAAUGACGGUGCUUUCACAAACUGCCAAAGCAACAAGUGGCAAGUUAGAAUUUAUUUUUAUCUUUUGCAAAUUAAUGAAAUGUCUAUUGAACUGUUUGUUUUUAAACAUGUGCCUUUAAUAUUGUAAAGAUAUGUGUCUUAUAACUUGGAACAGUUUUACAUUUCUGAUUUGUGCAAUAA